UCUUGCAUAUCAUCUACCGCCGACGUGCCUGUCGCUCUCACGCUCGGUACGAGCUCGCUCACAGGCCCCACCUCCGAGGCGGAGGGAUUACUGGGAAGUAUCCGUUUCCAUGGAGACAUGAACACAGCCACAGUAACCACAAAGAAGAAAGCUCUGAGGUGGAAACUUUAAAAGAAAUGGAAGACGACUCCUUUAAGACCAUUCGCCUGCUGUUUAUCCACUGUGUGAAUAUUCCUGGUGUAACAGAAGAGUUGUGGACAGAGGAGAAUGAGAGGGCCUUGGAUCAGUUUAUUGUGGAUACAUCAGUCACAUCCAUGGUGGUGUACAAAGACAUCCAUCUGGGGCUACGGGUGGAGUACUCCAUACCAUUACUGGAACAGGUGGUAGAGCGGCUGUUCUUUUUUAGGCGCAUGCCAGGAGCAAUAAUCACAGCAGAGACGUUUGAUACAGCCAUACAGUUUGGCAUGGUGUGGGGCGACAUCACCCAGACACUGCUUCAUGAUAUGACCUGCUCGCAUGUCCCUCCAGUUUCCCUCACCACACAUAGGGCGAAGAGCUUGAUGGACAACUACACCAACAACAUGCACUGCUAUCUUGCCAGCCUUACAGAUGGUGUGUACAAGAAGGCAGACAAAACAGUUCUAUACAUCCCAAUGGAAGGCCUACAGUGCAGACCUGCUGAGGCCAGCAGUGACAAGAAACUGGUACAAAGAAUGGAGACUGUUAUCAUCCACUGGACAGAUCAGAUCAAGGAGCUACUGAAUGCCCAAGAAAUAACUGAGAUGUGGAACGACUGUGGCCCACUGCAGGAGAUAACCUUCUGGAAGAAUCGCUCUGCCAAGCUGUUGGACAUCAGCCAACAGCUGCAAAAUCCCAGGGUCAGGCACAUCCAGAGCAUCCUGCAGCUGUCCAAGUCUGUGUAUGUACAGCACUUCUGCAAAGUGGGCAUGGAAAUACAGGAUUGCUAUCUGCAGGCUAAGUCAAACCUGUUCUACCUGUCCAUAUUGAAGGGGCCCUGUGAAGACUUUGCCCGGCUGAAGCCUAGCCAAGUUGCCCCUAAACUGCGACACAUUGUUAAUCUCAUUCGCAUCAUCUGGGUCAACUCCAAACACUAUAACACUAGUGAGAGGAUCACUGGUCUCUUCCACAAGAUGAGUAAUGAGAUCAUCCGCCUAUGCUCCCAAAGCAUCUCUCUGGACAGGAUCUUUGAGGGCUAUGUAUUAUCCAGCACGAAAAACCUCAGUGACUGUAUCCAGUGCUGCCUGUCUUGGAAGGAAAUUUACCUGCACGCCUUGCAAAUUCACCACAAGUAUUCUUCAACAGGCUGGGUCCUGGACCAAACCAGCUUUUUUGUGGUGGUUGAUGCUUUUGUUCAAAGGCUCAGAGACCUGCUGGAGGUAUGUGACUGUCAGUAUCAGUUUGGCCGUUGGGAGGAUGGUCAGCAGAGGGCCCUGCCAUGCUUCAGUGGUAUUCAUGAACCACAGUUAACCCAGUCCCUCCUGAACAUAGAGGAAAUCUUUCACAAUGGACUACACAACCUGCGCUCUGGUGGCAAAGGCAUCCUUGAUGUCAAAAACACCACGUGGUGCAAUGAAUUCAACAAGUUUCGUGCCUUGGUAAAGGUUCUAGAAGUUGCAGUGCAGAAGCUGAUCAGUUCAACAUUUAAGACAGUGAACACAGUGGAGGAAGGAGUUUGGCUUCUGGACAGUUUUAGGCGUAUGUCUACUCGAAAGGCCAUUAAGCACACUAUAGAAGAUAUGAUGGAGGAAGUGUACAUCAUCUUCAACAGGGAGCUCAAAAUGAUCAACAAAGAGCUGAACCAAAGGACUAGGCCUUAUCCUGACCAUAUGCCCCAAAUAGCAGGCAAGGCCCACUGGGCGAGGGCCCUCAGACAUCGCUUAGACAGACCUAUGGAGGUGCUUCAGAAGGCCCAUGUCAUAACUGAGUCAAACAGCUACAAGCAGGUAGUUUUGACUUAUGGCCAGGUGGUUCAAGUUUUGGAUGAGAUAGUGAGGAACAAUUUCAACAUGUGGAACCAGAAACUAGAUGGACAGUACUUCAAGAGACUGGAGCGGCCACUCUUGGUGCGCUGCAAGGACAAGAAUGCCAAGCUAAACAUCAACUUUGACAAGUGGAUCCCCCAGUGUGUGUCUGACAUUUACCAGGACAGGGAGGACCUCAGAAGCCUUAGAGAGAGAGCACUGCUGCUUAUCAGAGACUAUAACAGGAUCCUUGGAAUUAUGUCUCCUAGUGAUAUGGGACUGUUUCGGGUACAAAUUAAUUUCAUUGAUCAGAAGAUUAAACCAGGACUGACCAGGCUUCAGUGGUUGUCUAAAGGAGCUUCUAACACCUUCAUUCGUGACUGUCUCCAGCACAUUGACAAGGUCCAGUUGGUGGCUAAUGGUUAUAAAAUAUCCAAUCUGUCCAUCUCCAACCUCUGUCGCCAAAUCAGUCAAACACUGCUUGUUAGACUGGAUGGAAAGACUGUGUACAGGAAUCUGGAAUUUGAGGAUGACCAGAGAGCUCACCAGCAGAACCAGCUCCGAAUACUGCGCAGAGCACACCAGGAAAUUGUUGAUAUCAUGACCCGCAUUUACAACACCUUCUCUAAUGAUGGACAUGAGGUCCAGGAGCAAUGGCUGACCUACACAGAGAAAGUGGACUACAUGGUAGAGGAAGCUUUUAGGACCAACAUCAAAAGCUCUAUGAAGAAGUUAUCCAGGGCCAUCAACAGAAACAGCAAGACAUCACCCAAUCCCUUGUUCAAUGUGCUAUUAGUACUGCACCAGGCAACACCGCAGGCAACACCAAAGGUCGAGUUCUCCCCAACACUUGGAAAGCUUGCUCAGAUAGUUAACAUUUUGCCUCAGCUCAUCAACACCAUCUCAGAAUUUAAACGUCUGUCUGAACUUCUCACCGGCACACAGUCACAAAGGAAUCCCAUUCACAUCAGCAUAGGUCAAGAUGAGGAGAUAAGAAAGAUUCAGGCUGCAGUUGCCACAGAAAUGGCAGUCAAUGCCAACCACCUGCAGACCUCUCUGGAGACCUGGGACAAAUACAGGGGCAUCUGGGAGACCAACAAGGACACAUUUCUAAAACGCUACCAGAGACUAAACCCACCAGUCACUGCUUUUGAUGCUGAUAUACACAGGUACACAGAAAAGGCCCACAGUGUUCAACAAGAAGAGACUGUGCAGAACAUCUGGUUUGUCAUGCUGGACUGUUCACCACUCAAGUCCUCCUUGGUGCAGCAGUGCAGUGAGUGGCAGGCUAGGUUCACUCAGCUGCUCAGCCACAUGGCCAGUACUCGCCUACAAGAACUGCAUGCCUCCCUGCAAGACAAUGCCAACAGGCUGGGACAACCUCCCCAGACACUGGCUGAGCUUGGUGACCGUCUGAAGCUCUUGGAGACUCUCAAGGGUGAUUUGGCCAAGACAGAAGCUCAGAUUUCUCUCAUCCAUGAGCAGUUUGCUAUCCUGGACAAAUAUGAGGUCCCAGUGGAACCGGUUGUGAAGGAUAUGCGUGAGGUGCUGAAUGGGGAGUGGAUGUUGUUCCAGCAGCUGUUGACUGACAGUGACAUCAUGCUGCAGAAGCACAAGGAGAACUUUAAGAACAGUCUCCUGCUCUCCUCAAAGGAGUUCAAGAAAAAGAUCCAGGCCACUCUGCAGAAGUUCAACAGCACAGGUCCAUUUGACAGUGCACUGAGCACUGAAUUGGCCUUAAAGCAAAUAUCAGAACAUCGCAGCCAACUGGAGGCUCUAAAGCAGGAAGAAUGCACCAUCCUUCACGGGCUGGGCUUUUUCAAAGUGGAACAGGCCCCUUCCAAAAGCAUCCAGGCGCUGGAGAAGGACAUAGAACACCUGCAGCAGGUUUGGGAGGUUGCACAGGAAUGGAAUGCCAAUUGGAACAUCUGGAAAGCUGGUCAGUUUGCUACACUGCGGACAGAGGAUAUGGAGAGCACAGCACAGGACAUGGUCAAAAGACUCCACAAACUCCAGAGAGAACUAAAGGAUAAGGAAUGGGCCAUAGUAGAUUUCUCUAAGAACAAAAUUAACCAGUUCAAGCGGAUCAUUCCUCUCAUUGCUGACAUGAAGAACCCUGCUAUGAGAGACAGGCACUGGAAGCAGAUUGAUGAAGAGCUGCAGUGCUCUUGUGACCAUACCAGUGCUGAAUUCACUCUGGAGAAGAUGUUUUAUCUGGGCCUUGAUGAGUACGCCGACAAGAUCUGUGAUAUCUCUAGAGCUGCCAGCCAGGAACUCAGCAUAGAGCAGGAUCUGAAGAGCAUUACUAAGACAUGGGAGGAAACAUUCCUGGAAAUAGAACCUUACAAAAAUGGUCACUACCGGCUGAGGGGCACAGAGAAGGUUUUCCAGGCCCUGGACGACAGCCAGGUCACUCUGUCCAAAAUAAAGGCUUCUCGGUUUGUCAAAGUCUUUGAGCAGGAGGCGGACUGCUGGGAACGCCGACUGUCCCAAGUGCUGGAGAACACUGAGAUGAUCCUCACUGUGCAACGUCAAUGGAUUUAUUUGGAGAACAUUUUCCAAGGAAAGGACAUCAGAGAGCAGCUGCCUCAGGAUUGCAAAGAGUUUGAAGACAUUAGUUGUAAUUGGAAAAUCAUUAUGGGCCAACUUAAUAAGGAUAACAAUGCCUUACAGGGAACACACCACCCAGGCCUGCUGGAGAAGCUGACAGAGAUGAAUGCCAAGCUGGAGGAGAUCCAGAAAGCCUUGGACAUGUACUUGGAGACCAAGAGGCAGAUAUUUCCAAGAUUUUACUUCCUGUCCAAUGAUGAUGUGCUAGAGAUCCUGGGGCAGUCACAGAACUCAGAAGCCAUGCAACCCCACCUGAAGAAGUGUUUUGACAACAUUAGAAGCCUCCUUAUUGAAAAGGUGGGCAGUUGUCCACGUGCCAUUGGGAUGUUCUCUGCUGAUGAGGAGUAUAUUCGCUUCAGCCUGUCAGUGCUACUGGACACACCUGUGGAGAUUUGGCUAUGUGAUGUCGAGGAGGCAAUGCGUAUGACACUGAAGUAUUGUCUGAGCGACUGCCUUGUAGCUCUAAAAAGGAUGCUGGGUCAGAGAGACAAAUGGGUCAGAGACUGGCCAGGACAGAUGCUGAUCACAGCCAGUCAGAUCCAGUGGACCGCUGCUGUCACUAAAGCUCUCAUUACCAGCAAAGAGCGAGCUGACCAGUCUGCCCUUAAGUCCAUGAAGAAGAAACAGGUCUCCAUGCUUCAGUGCUAUUCAGAGAUGAUCCGUGGUAACCUGUCCAAGGUCCUGCGUCUGAAGAUUGUAGCGUUGGUCACAGUGGAGGUUCAUGCUCGGGAUGUAAUUGACAAGCUGGCCAAGGCAGGCUGCCAUGAUGUCAAUGCCUUUGAAUGGCUCUGCCAGCUGCGACUAUACUGGGAGAAGUAUGCUUUGAGAGAGGAUGAGGAAGAUUGCAUAAUCCGACAGACCAACACCCGAUUUAACUAUGGCUAUGAGUACCUGGGCAACUCUGGACGACUCGUCAUCACUCCUCUCACUGAUAGGUGUUACAUGACCCUGACUACAGCACUCCAUCUCCACCGAGGGGGUUCUCCUAAAGGCCCAGCUGGUACUGGGAAGACAGAGACAGUAAAGGACUUAGGCAAAGCCCUAGGCAUGUAUGUCAUUGUAGUCAACUGCUCUGAAGGACUAGACUACAAAUCCAUGGGACGCAUGCACUCUGGUCUUGCACAGACAGGAGCAUGGGGGUGCUUUGAUGAAUUCAACCGAAUCAACCUUGAGGUGUUGUCGGUAGUGGCCCAGCAGAUACGUUCCAUCUUCUCUGCACUCUCAGCUGGACUCUCCACGUUCCAUUUUGAUGGACAGCACAUACGUCUGGUCAGGUCAUGUGGCAUCUUUAUCACCAUGAAUCCAGGUUACGCUGGUCGUACUGAGCUUCCAGACAACCUUAAGUCCAUGUUCAGACCUAUCUCCAUGGUGGUGCCAGACUCAACUUUAAUUGCUGAGAUCAUACUUUUUGCAGAGGGCUUCAACAACUGCAAGCUCCUGGCUAAAAAGGUUUUCACCCUGUACUCACUCGCGGUGCAGCAGCUGUCUAAACAGGACCAUUAUGAUUUUGGCCUGCGUGCCCUCACCUCCUUGGUCCGCUAUGCCGGAAAGAAGCGUCGCUCUUGCCCCAACCUUCCUGAUGAAGAAAUCCUGUUAAUGGCUAUGAAAGGCAUGAACAUUGCUAAGUUGACCUCUACAGACCUGCCACUUUUCAGUGGGAUCACCCAGGACCUGUUCCCUGCUGUGGAAACACCCAUUAUAGAUGAUGGCAAGUUGAAGGAGGCCAUAGAAGUGGAGCUUCGUCAGAGAGGUUUGCAGGUGACUCCUUUUACCAUGACCAAAGUCAUCCAACUUUAUGAAACCAAAAACUCUCGACACUCCACCAUGCUGGUAGGCAAGACGGGCAGUGCUAAGACUGUUACUUGGAGAACCCUGCAACAUGCCCUCACAGCCCUGCACCAGAACAGAGUGCCUGGCUUCCAUAUGGUCCAGGAUUAUCCUCUGAACCCCAAGGCAUUGAGCCUGGGCGAGCUGUAUGGCGAGAAUGACCUCUCCACCAGUGAGUGGACUGAUGGAGUGCUAUCCUCUCUCAUGAGAUCCGCCUGCGCAGAUGAGAAACCGGAUGAGAAGUGGAUUGUGUUUGACGGGCCUGUUGAUACCCUGUGGAUAGAGAGUAUGAACUCAGUUAUGGAUGACAACAAGGUACUCACUCUCAUCAAUGGAGAGAGAAUCUCAAUGCCUGAACAGGUGUCUCUGCUGUUUGAAGUGGAGAACCUGGCAAUGGCUUCUCCAGCUACAGUGUCUCGCUGUGGGAUGGUUUAUAACGAUUACACUGAUCUAGGAUGGAAGCCUUUUGUUCAGUCUUGGCUGGACAAGCGACAUAAGGCUGAAGUUGGCCAUUUAAAGAAUUUGUUUAAGAAAUAUAUAGAGAGCACACUGAACUUUAAGAAGAGCAACUGUAAGGAACUGUUUCCCAUCACUGAACUUAAUGGAGUGGUUUCUCUCUGCCGUCUUUAUGACUCCCUGGCCACAUCCAGCAAUGGGGUGAAUAUUUUAGACACAGAAAACCUGGGUAGGAUGGUGGAGCUCUGGUUCAUCUUCAGCCUUAUCUGGUCAAUCUGUGCCUCCGUUGACGAGGAUGGGCGCAAGAAGAUGGACAUCUUCCUACGAGAGAUGGAUGGCACCUUCCCUAUCAAGGACACAGUUUAUGAGUACUUUGUGGACGCCAAGAACAAAAAGUGGGCUUCUUUUGAAGAAAAGCUGCCAAAGGGCUGGCGCUACAAUGACAGUGCUCCAUUCUAUAAGAUUAUGGUUCCCACAGUGGACACAGUUCGCUACAACUUCCUGGUUAAGGCACUAGUGCUGGGUCAGUAUCCAGUGCUUCUCACAGGGCCAGUGGGCACCGGUAAAACCUCAGUGGCUCAGAGUGUCCUGCAGGGCCUUGAUAACAAAUGGGCUGCCGUCACUGUCAACAUGUCUUCACAGACCACCUCAAAUAAUAUCCAGGCCAUUGUGGAGAGCCGAAUAGAAAAGAGAACCAAAGGCGUGUUUGUGCCAUCCGGUGGGAAGCACCUGCUGUGCUUCCUGGAUGACCUCAACAUGCCAGCCCAUGACCCAUUUGGCUCCCAGCCACCGCUGGAGCUGUUGCGCCUCUGGAUCGACUAUGGCUUCUGGUAUGACCGGCAGAAACAGAUCCAAAUGUCUAUUAAGGACAUGUUCUUGCUGGCAUCCAUGGGACCCCCUGGUGGAAGGAGGACUCACAUCUCUGGCCGCUUACAGAGUCGAUUCAACCUCAUCAAUAUGACUUUUCCUAAUGACUCCCAGAUAAGGCAGAUCUUCAGUACCGUGAUCAAGCAAAAGCUACAGGGUUUUAAGACGGUGAAUCUCAUUGGAGAGGUUCUGACUCAGGCCACCAUAGAACUGUAUCAUGCUGUUACAGCACAUUUUCUUCCCACUCCAGCCAAGAUACACUAUCUCUUCAACCUCAGGGAUAUGUCCAAGGUGUUUCAGGGUCUACUAAGAGCUCACCCACACUUCCAUGAUACUAAAAACACCAUCACUAGACUGUGGAUCCAUGAGUGUUUCAGGGUUUUUUCAGACCGGCUUGUAAAUCACAGUGACAUCGAGGCCUUUAAUACUUUGAUGGGAGAGAAACUGGGCUCACUCUUUGACCUCACAUUCCACAGCAUCUGCCCUAACAAACAACUGCCAAUAUUUGGUGAUUUCCUGAAUGAGUUUCAUGUGUAUGAGGACCUACUGGACAUGAUGACCCUUAAGAAGUUCAUGGAAACCCAGCUGGAAGACUACAACCUGACCUCUAGUGUAGUGCCCAUGAGCCUGGUGCUCAAAAAACGAGACGCCAUGGAACACAUAACUCGCAUUGUACGGGUGAUUGGUCAGCUCAGGGGCAACAUGUUGCUGGUUGGUGUUGGGGGAUCUGGUAAACAGAGCCUGUGUAAAAUGGCUGCCUUCAUCUGUAAAUACCAGGUUUUCCAGGUGGAAGUCACCAAGCAGUACCACAAACAGGAGUUUAGAGAAGACAUCAAGAAGCUGUACCGUUUGACUGGUGUGGACAACAAGCCCGCUGUUUUCCUGUUUAAUGACACCCAGAUUGUAGACAAAUCAUUCCUUGAAGAUAUCAAUAACAUCUUGAGCUCUGGAGAAGUGCCUAACCUCUACAAGCAGGAUGAGUUUGUUGAGAUAUGCAGGGCUUUGUCAGAGUCGGCCAGGAAAGACAAAGUGGUGGAGACUCCUGAUGCCUUGUUCAGCUACCUAAUAGAGCGAGUCAGGAACAACCUACACAUAGUGCUCUGCAUGAGCCCAGUCGGAGAGCCCUUCAGGAACCGCAUUCUCCAGUACCCAGCGCUGGUCAACUGCACUACGAUUGACUGGUUCUCUGAGUGGCCCAAAGAUGCUCUGCUAGAGGUAGCUGAGAGAUACUUGGAUGGACUGGAUCUGGGAUCUUUGGAGGGGAUCCAGACAAAGGUUGCCAGUGUCUUUGUGACCACACACCAGUCAGUAGCAAAGAUUUCCGAAAGGAUGAAGUUGGAGCUGAUGAGACAUAAUUAUGUGAUACCCACCAACUACCUGGAGCUGGUGUCUGGAUAUAAGAAGCUAUUGGCAGAGAAACGCAGUGAGCUGGGGGAGCAGGUGAGCAAGCUGCGUAACGGCCUUUUCAAGCUCUGUGACACACGGGAGAAGGUAGAGGCCAUGUCUAUAGAGCUCGAGCUGGCCAAGAAGCAGGUGGCUGAGUUCCAGAAACAGUGUGACGAGUACCUGUCUGACAUUGUGCAGCAGAAGAGAGAGGCUGACAAGCAGCAGAAAACGGUGACUGCUAACAAUGAGAAAAUCCGUGCUGAGGAACUGCAGUGUGAAGCUAUGGCUGAGAAUGCACAGAGAGACUUGGAUGAGGCCCUGCCUGUCCUGGAAGAGGCUGUGAAGGCUCUGGAGUCUUUGCAUAAGAAAGACAUGACAGAGAUCAAGUCCUGUGGCCAUCCCCCAGCACUGGUAGAGACAGUGAUGCAGGCCGUCAUGACCCUUCUGGGAAAAGAGCUUACCUGGGCAGAGGCCAAAAGACAGCUGGGUGAGGCCAACUUCAUCAAAAUAUUAGUUAACUUUGAUAAGAACCAUAUAUCAGACCUUGUGUUGAAGAAGAUUGGUCACUACUGCAGACAGAAUGACUUCCAGCCAGAGGUCAUUGGAAAGGUGUCACUGGCUGCCAAGUCUCUCUGCAUGUGGGUCAGAGCCAUGGAGGUUUAUGGAUGUGCCUACAGGGUGGUGGAACCAAAGCGGGCCCAAGUGAGCACUGCCAGGGCCCAGCUCGCAGAGAAGCAGGCUGCAGUGGCAGAGGCCCAGAACAAAUUACAAGAGGUGGCUGCACAGAUAGAUGAGCUGAAAAAGCUGCAUGAUGAGAAGCUGGCCAUAAAGGAGAGUUUGAAGAACAAAUCAGAUGAGAUGGAGGUCAAACUAGACCGAGCUGACAAACUGGUGAAGGGACUUGCUGGAGAGAGGGUUCGCUGGGAGCAGAGAGUUGCUGGCCUUGAAGAGAAUUUGGGAUACCUCAUAGGAGACUGUUUGCUAGCAGCAUCCUUCCUGUCCUACAUGGGACCUUUCCUUUCCAACUAUAGAGAUGAGCUGCUUGCCAUGUGGAUGAAGGAGGUAUCAGACUUACAGAUCCCAUGCACACCAAGGUUCAGUUUUGCAGUUUUUCUGUCCAAACCCACAGUAGUGAGGAAUUGGAACAUUCAAGGCCUGCCCUCUGACACAUUCUCUACCGAGAAUGGCGUUAUCGUCACCCACGGAAACCGAUGGCCACUGAUGGUGGACCCUCAAGGCCAAGCUCUGAAGUGGGUCAAGAGAAUGGAAAUGGAAAGAGGUCUUAAGAUAAUAGACUUUCAAAUGCCAGACUACCUACUGGUACUGGAGAAUGCCAUCCAGGUUGGGAAUCCUGUGUUGCUGCAGAAUGUGCAUGAGGAGUUGGACCCUUCUCUCAACCCAGUUCUCAACAAGUCCCUGACACGGAUAGGCAGCAGGCUACUGAUGAAGCUGGGUGAUAGGGAGGUGGAGUACAAUCCAGAGUUUCGUUUCUACAUCACCACCAAACUGUCUAACCCCCACUACACACCUGAGAUUUCCGCAAAAACCACCAUAGUCAACUUUGCUGUCAAGGAGCAGGGACUGGAAGCUCAACUGCUGGGAAUUGUGGUGCGUAAGGAGCGUCCAGAGCUAGAAGAACAGAAGGAUUCUUUGGUGAUCAGCAUUGCUUCUGGCAAGAAAAGCCUGCAAGAGCUGGAGGAUGAGAUUCUCAGGUUGCUGAAUGAGGCGAGUGGCUCACUGCUGGAUGAUGUGCAGUUGGUGAACACCCUGCAAACAUCCAAAGUGACAGCCACUGAGGUUUCAGAGCAGCUGGAGAGCAAAGAACAGACUGAGAUCAAGAUUAGCUCUGCUAGAGAGGCCUACCGCCCAUGUGCCCAGAGAGCCUCUAUUCUUUUCUUCAUCCUAAACGACAUGGGCCGGAUUGACUCCAUGUACCAGUUCUCCCUGGAUGCCUACAUUAAUCUAUUCAGCCUCAGCAUAGAUAAUAGCAAGCGCAGCCACAAGCUGGAGGAAAGGAUUACCAGCCUCAAUGACUACCACACAUACGCCGUGUACAGGUACAUGUGUCGCGGCCUGUUUGAGGUUCACAAGCUUCUCUUCAGCUUCCAAAUUUGUGCCAAAAUCCAGGAGGCAGCUGGCAAACUCAAUAUGGACGAGUAUAGCUUCUUUCUCCGAGGAGGUCUUGUACUUGAUAAAAAAGAUCAGAUGGACAACCCCUGUACGAGCUGGCUGGCAGACUCCAGCUGGGAUAACAUCACAGAGCUGGAUAAGCUCCCCAACUUCCACGGCAUCAUGGCUUCUUUCGAACAGUACCCCCAAGAGUGGAACCUUUGGUUCACCAGCACUGAGCCAGAGCAUGCCACACUACCAGGUGUUUGGGAGAAUAAAUGUAAUGAGCUCCAGAAGAUGCUGAUAGUACGCUCCCUGCGUCCGGACCGUGUCUCCUUCUGUAUCACCUCCUUCAUUGUUAACAACCUUGGGUCUCGCUUUGUGGAGCCACCUGUUCUCAACAUGAAGGCUGUUGUGGAGGAAUCCACCAGCAGGACUCCUCUGAUCUUUGUACUUUCUCCUGGGGUUGACCCCACUGGAGCCCUGCUGCAUCUGGCUGAGGCCUCUGGUAUGAGCAAGCACUUCCAUGCUCUCUCUCUGGGCCAGGGACAGGCCCCCAUUGCCAAGAGCAUGAUCGAAGAGGGUGUCAAAAAUGGUCACUGGGUUUUCCUUGCCAACUGCCACCUCUCUCUGUCCUGGAUGCCUGACCUGGACAAGCUGGUGGAACAGCUACAGGGGCAGGAGCCCCACCACAGUAUUUUACACUGCAAUAUAGUGUACAUCCUAGAGGGUGUGAAAUCCAACAUGAAACGUCUAUACCAGCUGGUGACAGAAGCUCAGUUCAACCGCUGCUCCAAACCUGUCUUCUACAGGAAGCUGGUCUUCUCCCUCUGCUUUUUUCACAGCAUUCUGCUGGAAAGGAAGAAGUUUCUACAGCUAGGCUGGAACAUUGUCUAUGGCUUUUAUGAUUUUGAUUUCCAGGUGAGUGAGAAUCUGCUGAGUCAAUACCUGGAUAACUAUGAGGAGAUUCCCUGGGACGCACUGAAGUACCUCAUUGCUGGGGUCAACUAUGGAGGCCAUGUCACAGAUGACUGGGAUAGACGUCUUUUAACCACAUACAUCAGUGACUACUUCUGUGAUGCUGCCAUCAACCAGCCCCUCUUCAAGUUGUCCUCCUUAUCCUCCUAUUACAUCCCUCAUGACGGUCCCCAGUCCUCAUACAAGGAAUAUAUUAACAUGCUGCCACCCACAGAGCACCCUGGGGUGUUUGGCCAGCACCCCAAUGCUGACAUUGCUAGUCAGAUCGCUGAGACCAGGAUGCUGUUUGACACCCUGCUCUCCUUGCAGCCCCGGGUCACCAGCCCCACAGCUGUGGGUGCCAGGCCCAGUAGAGAAGAUCAGGUAUUAGAGCGGUUGGCAGAUGUUCGUGGGAAGAUCCCAGCACUGAUUGAUUACGAGGGUACCACAUCCCUCCUCCAGGACAUCUCUUCACUACUUAAUGUGGUUCUGCUACAAGAGAUCCAGAGAUAUAACUCUCUGCUGGACACCAUCAUUUCAUCCCUAGUGGAGCUGGAGAGAGGGAUCAAAGGUUUGGUGGUGAUGUCACCCAACUUGGAGGAGACCUUCAACUGCAUCUAUGAUGCCCGUGUGCCACCACUGUGGGAGAAGGCGUACCCCUCACAGAAGCCCCUGGCAGCAUGGACCAGGGAUCUUUGCCAGCGAGUCGAUCAGUUUGCACGCUGGGCGGAGACGGCCCGGCCCCCCGUUUUGUUCUGGCUCUCUGGCUUUACCUUUCCCAAUGGCUUCCUCACUGCUGUGCUGCAGUCCUGUGCUCGACAACACAAUAUAUCGGUGGACACGCUGUCCUGGGAAUUUAUAGUGUCCACUGUUGAUGACAGCAAUCUCCUUGACCCGCCUAAGGAUGGAGUGUAUGUCCGAGGUUUGUACCUGGAGGGGGCUGGUUGGGACCAGAAGAACUCCUGUCUGGUGGAAGCUAAACCUAUGCAGAUGGUCUGUCCUAUUCCCACCAUCCACUUUAGACCUGUGGAACACCGCAAAAAGAUGGCCAAGAGUAUGUACCUGUGUCCAUGUUACUACUUCCCUGUGCGUUCAGGUGGGGCAGGCCGAGCAUCUUUUGUGAUUGCUGUAGAACUCAAAACAGGAGCUGUGACUGCAGACCACUGGAUCAAGAGAGGGACUGCUCUUCUCAUGAGCCUGGACAACUGAGGGCGUUAACAGAGACAUUCACACACUGACUCUAACACUUUGUUCCUACCUACAUUUUUUAUCUCUUGUUUUAGCGGUUACUUUAUAUGUGACACUGCUCUUAUUUGUGACCUUCAAGUUUUAAUAUACAGCAAAUGAAAUGUUAUAUUUCAAUGCUGUGUUACUUCUAAGGAGUAUUACAUUCUGUAAAGCAGGUUUUAUCUGGGGAUUAACAUUAAAUGAGCUGAGUCAUGA